GUGUCUCCUCGGCUGCUGCAGCCGCCGCUGCCGCAGGCGUGGAGCACACGGUCUGGGGCGGCGGCCUCACGCUCACUCCCCCGCAGCAGGGACGUCAGGCCUCUCUUAGACUCAAUCAACGCUCUGGAAGAGGCAUCCCAGUGCCUCACCUAUAUCCAGCCCAGCCUCACCUAUAUCCAGCCCAGCCUCGUCCGGCUCACAGACACCAGAGAGUCCAGAAAAGAAAAUGAGAGAAGAGGACGGUCCUCAGGGAUCUGACUCUUCUGCUCCGCCAGUAAACAAGGAAUCCCAGGGAGAACAGGAUACAACCACAUGUAGGGAGCAGAACUGGGAUUCUCCACCUACACCCAGCAGCUCCCAGACACGCAGAUGCGAGUUUCCCCUGGUGCCCUCCAGGCGAGGGAUCCCACUGAUCUUGCCUCCAGCUCCCUGGAUCAGCCGCUUGAUCGCGGUCGAAGAGUAUUACCAGGAGAAGCAAGCUCAGCCACAGUGGCUGAAGAGGAUCUUCGAGGAUAAGACUGCCACCACCUCGGAGUUUGAAGCUACGACCCAGACCACCAGCAGCGGUGGCAGCACAACCUCAUCCCAUGUCACAUCUGGGGUGUCAGCAGGCCCUGCUGUCAGCGGGGACUUUGGGAUGAGCGUGUCAGACCCCCACAGCAGCUCCACCACUGGGGUAUUCAACUUUGUGGCAGGAUGGAGUGGGAGAACUGGUGGCACGGCCCCUUUCUGGGGAUGCCUGAGUCAGAACUCCCUUGGUGCAGCUGGCCAGAGCACACUGUUUGCCAUCUACGUGGCCAGGACACCUCAGGACACAUCUGUGCUUGCAGCCAUCAAGUCCGGCUUUGGAGCAGUGACCCAGAACACCAGCUGUGGGACCCGUGGUACAUCAGGGUUUGGCAGCACCAUCCCAGCGCCCUUGACAUCCAGGGUGUCAGCAGGCCCCACUGGCAGUGGAGGCUUUGGGACGAGCGUGGCUGCCCCCCACAGCAGCUCCACCACUGGGGCACUUGGCACUGCCUCAGGACGGAGUGGGAGAACUGGACUCAAGAACCCUUUCUGGGGUGCCUUGGAUCCAAGCUCCCUGGGUGCGGCUGGCGAGAGCACACCAUCUGCCGUCCAUGUCGCCAGCACGCCUCAGAACACGCCCGGGUUUUCAGCCAUCAAGUCCGGCUUUGGAGCAGUGACCCAGAACACCAGCUGUGGGACCCGUGGUACAUCAGGGUUUGGCAGCACCAUCCCAGCGCCCUUGACAUCCAGGGUGUCAGCAGGCCCCACUGGCAGUGGAGGCUUUGGGACGAGCGUGGCUGCCCCCCACAGCAGCUCCACCACUGGGGCACUUGGCACUGCCUCAGGACGGAGUGGGAGAACUGGACUCAAGAACCCUUUCUGGGGUGCCUUGGAUCCAAGCUCCCUGGGUGCGGCUGGCGAGAGCACACCAUCUGCCGUCCAUGUCGCCAGCACGCCUCAGAACACGCCCGGGUUUUCAGCCAUCACCUCUGGCUUUGGUGCUGUGACCCAGCCCACCAGCUGUGGGACCAGGACGUCCGGGUUCGGCAGCACCGUCUCAGCGCCCUUCACAUCUAUGAUGUCAGCAGGCCCCACUGGCAGUGGGGUCUUUGGAACACGCGUGCCUGUCCCCUACAUCAGCCCCACCACUGGGGCAUUUGGCUGUGGGUCAGGACAGAGUGGGAGAACUGGUCUCAAGAACCCUUUUUGGGGAGCCUUAAAACCGAGCUCCCUGGGUACAGGUGGCCAGAGCACACCAUCUACUUUCCAUGUGGCCACCGCACCUCAGAGCACUCCUGGGUUUGCAGGUGAGAUUUGGAAUGGGCUCGGUCUGCAGUGCCAGGUGCUGUCUUAA